CUUGUCAAAAUAAAAAAGAAAAAGAUGCAACUGGGUUAAGCUAGAUGUAUGUUUAACACUUUAACGAGGGUUGGGGAGUUACAUUGACUUGCAUAACCCCAGCAUAUAUCACUGAUGUUAAUCUUUUGAGGCUGCUCAUCACCUUCAAUCACGGUUUUUCAGGAGAAGGGGGCAAUUUGUUCCUGAUCAGUAUUAAGUUGAGAUCUGUCUCUCUUUUCAAACUGAUAUAAGCUUAUCCAAGUUUGAGGAUGCAUGUUUGCUUGUAAUUCUGCACAACAACUGAAAAUGUUAAUUGAUAAUGUUAAUUUUAUGGUUGUGCUUACCUUCACAAGAAUGUUCAAUGUUGCAGAGUAUAAUCAAGGCAAUUAACUGGACUUGACAAUAUUUUGAGCCGGUAGGUAUGUUACUAUGUUAUGCUUCCUGAAUUAACUCACACUUCCGUCUUCUUUCUCUGUUUCUCGCGAUAUUUUAAUAGAAGCUUUACUUUUGUUUCCCACAGUAUUGGAACAAUUGUUAGCUUAUGUCUCACUUUUCGUGAAAUCCUUCUUUUUGAGAUUUGAAUAACCUCAUGUAAUAAGAUCUCAAAAAGCAGUUGGAAGAAAGCAAAAGAAAAUUAUUCUACCUACCAAAAUGAAAAGCAGUUGGAAGAAAGCAAAAGCCAGGAAUCAGAUACCUGGAACUGGAAGAUGGGAAUGGUGGAUUCCUUGCCUACACUAAACUGUAGCACAAUUUCUGUAUUCACUUUUUCUAUUUAGUUCUCCCUCCUACCUUUACAAUAUCUUGUUUUGGGCUUUCUUCUUAUCACAGUCUCCUCGAACCGCCUGUGCAAAUCUUUUAAAAAACAAAAAGAAAAAACUGUGCGCAAAAAUGGGUCUUGCUACUAGCUUCUUGAUGGGAAAUGGGUCACCAACGACACAGAUGGUGAACUUGAUUACAGGAUCACUCUUCAGCAGUUUUGUUGAAAAGGACACCAAUACCUUUCCAGAAUUCCACACAGCAUUUCUUGAUAUAUACAACACUUUCAACUCGGCAUUGCCUGGUAAACAUUAUGAUGUACCUUCUAACCAGGAAGUGGAGGACUGUUUUGUGAAAUGGAAAGAAGCCGAAAAUGAAGCAAAGAAGAAACAAGUGUUUGUAGAGUUUAUAAAGGAAAGUGUAAACCUGAACAAGCCACAAAAAGUGACACUAAUCACAGGUUUGGUGACACCACCAGCUGCCAUGGUAGCAAAGAAAGCUGGAGAGAGAGUUCCUGCACUUAAGAUAAUCAAAGUAAUCCCAGAUGUUCUGUUUGUUCCAACUGUAACAUUUUUGGCUCUCAUCUCAGUCCAGGUUUCACGAAAUGUAUUCCACAGGAGAAUGGUUCAUCGAGAUCAACAAAGAGACCAACAAAACACCUAGAUUCACUGUUUUCUUUUUCAAACAAACACCUUUUACCUAGCACUUUCAUCACAUUGUAACAUUUCUAGCUUAUGUAAUACAAACAUCACUUCAUACAUGUUAAGGAAAAUUGGUUAUAAAAAUCACCUUAUAUAUGACUUUAUUCAACCAA